CCACGAAUGACGCGUUAAUGCGGAAGUUAACCACCCCCGUAGGAGAAAGAUGGCAGCUCACAGGUGCAGCUAUUCGGCUUUGCUGCUUAUUAUUUGUAGUUUGUCCAUGUUUGUUGUAGCAGAAAGCCAAGAAACGACACUAACCGCCGAUAACCAUGUGACUGCGGUCGACAAUACACAAACAGCCACAGAAACAGCGGGACAAACGGCCGAGCAGCCUCCGGUGGACAGGCUGUGGGAAGCAACUGAGGUUGAAGAGGCGACUCCGGAUGAUGCUGACACCGACAAACAAGACACUUCUACUCCCGAAACCGCUGUCCCCUCGGUACCACCGCCUAAAGACGAUUUUCAGGAGGAACUAGUUAUCAGACCGCUGCACUCGGGAGAUAUUUACGCCAGCUUCCAGUUCCGCACACUUUGGGAGGCUGAUUUCAUGAGAGGAAACAAAGAGUCCCACUAUCGGCUCUUUCCCAAGUCCCUGGGCCAGGUCAUCUCCAAGUUCUCAGUGCGAGAGCUGCACAUCUCCUUCACGCAGGGCUACUGGAGGACCAUGCAAUGGGGGCAGCCUUUUCUACCGUCCCCUCCUGGGGCUGAACUCUGGGUCUGGUUCCAGGAUUCUGUGACAGAUGUCGAUGGUACCUGGAAGGAGCUGACAAAUGUUUUGUCAGGGAUCUUCUGCGCUUCACUGAACUUCAUUGACUCCACCAACACUGUUCAGCCCAGUGCAUCCUUCAAACCACUGGGUAUAGGCAACGUGACGGACCACAGCUUUCUUCGCUAUGCCACCCUCCCACGAGAGAUUGUUUGCACUGAGAAUUUGACACCCUGGAAGAAACUCUUGCCAUGUGGAUCCAAGGCUGGUCUUGCUGUCCUGUUAAAGUCAGAGAAACUCUUCCACAGCAGUUUUCAUUCCCAGGCAGUGCACAUCAGACCCGUGUGCCGGGACUGGCAGUGCAAAACCACAUCCUGGGAGCUGAGACAGACAUUGAAUGUGGUCUUUGACCUGCACACCCCUGGACAGGGCAAACGAGAGUGGUCUCUGUUUAAGAUGUUCUCUCGGACCCUGACCGAAGCUUGUCCACUGGCCUCCUCUAGUAAAAUCUACAUCGACAUCACAGACAACCCUCAGGGGGAGCAGUUUGAGGUGAGCCCGGCCACUCCCCUGCUGAGCCAGGCAAUGGUGCUGGGGGACAGACGAACCUUCUCUGUCUACGAUCUGACCCAGCAAAUCACCUUUGGCACUGUGCGCUCCCUCAAUCUGUUGAUCCGCUGGAAAUCCAGUGAGGGAGACAUGCUGCGUCCCUUGCUCCACGGUGAGCGUUAUGUGGCUGGUUACGGGCUGCAGACAGGAGAGAUUCACACGCUGAUGUACAACAACCACCCCUACAGGUCCUUCCCUGUGCUGCUGCUGGAGUCUGUGCCUUGGUACCUUCGUCUCUACAUUCACACCCUCACUGUGACCAGCAAGGGAAAGGACAACAAGCCCAGCUACAUCCACUACCAGCCGUCUAAGGACCGUGUGAGGCCCCACCUGCUGGAGAUGCUGGUCCAGCUUCCUCCGAACUCCGUCACCGAGGUCACCAUGCAGUUUGAGAGGGCUCUGCUCAAGUGGACUGAAUACACCCCUGAUCCCAACCAUGGCUUCUAUGUUGGGUCUUCAGUAAUCAGCUCUCUUGUACCAAGUAUUGUUGCCAUGGAUAUAAACAGCACUAGGGAACAGCCACUUUUCAGCAGCUUUUUUCCCUGCAAAGAAGAGUCCAGCUACUUUGUGCGAGUCUAUACAGAGCCUCUGCUGGUCAACCUGCCAACUCCUGACUUUAGCAUGCCUUAUAAUGUCAUCUGCCUGACCUGCACUGUGGUGGCCGUGGGCUACGGCUCCCUCUAUAACCUACUGACCCGGAGCUUCCAGAUAGAAGAGCCCAGCCCAGGAUUGGCCAAGCGGAUAGCCAACAUCAUCCGAAAGAUGAGGGGUGUGCCGCCACUCUGAGGCUGGACACAAAAGCCAACUGGCUCUUUUUUUAGAAAGGAGGAUUUCCUUUUGGUGAAACCACUGGCUAACGUGAUAUUCAGGGCAGAACAGAGUCGAGCACUGGUAUGAAUGUUUUGAAAACUGUCAACUUGAAGUUUUUGUUUUUCGAAUGGAAGUGGAAAUGAAAUUUUGAACAUAAAUGUAUUCAGGAUAAUUUCCUGCGGGCUAGGGGAAAGAAAAUAUAGACAUUUCUCUACUUAGGUGGAAAGUAAGAGUUCUGUUUUUGUUUAACAAGAAACCAAAGCUGUGUACUAUGCUGCUAUGGUAACUGCAUCAGAGGGUUUUGGUGGGACUGUUUUUGUUUCUGGAUGUUUGAAGCCAUAACUCAUAAUGGCUAUGUAACUCAUAAUAUAGCCAUCUGAGACAUUUUGUUACUAUGGGUGGUAAAAUUAUGUUUACAAAUCCAGCAUUAAAAGCCUCAGAGCUCAGACAGAAAAAGGACGAGGACUGCUUUCCUGACCUGUUGAUUGCAAUCUCCCUGCUAAGAAAGAAUGUCAUAUUUCCUAUGACAGGAUACAUCUUUCCAUGUCCAACCAGAAAUGAACACAGCAGCUAACUAUGGGAUCUACCAGAAGUAUUUCCUCUUUAUUUAAUAAUUCCCGAUUAAUUUGUGUUACCUGAAACACAUUUUAAGUAGUUUUAAUGUU